CGUAGGGCAAGUUCCUGCUGUGGCUUGAGGGAAACAGAUCGACAUUGUGCCACGGGAGAAUCGCACUUUGCGGCCUGUGGAACCCCCCCCUCCCUGAGCGAUGGCGUCACCUGUCUCAGUCUACAACUCCAACGUCUUGGACACGCACAUCUCCAGCUCCUCCAGAGAGUCUCUGAAGAUGGAGUUGUUGGCUGAUGUGUCCCUGCUGCCGGGGGAGGAGAGAAUUAUAGAUAAAGAAACCAUCUACAUCUGUCCGUUCAGUGGAGCGGUGAAGGGGAAAGUGUUGAUCACCAACUAUAGACUCUACUUCAAGAGCUUAGAUCCUGAUGUGGCGCUUUCGCUGGACGUUCCUUUGGGUGCCAUCAGUCGGGUGGAGAAGAUGGGCGGGGCUUCAAGCAGAGGGGAAAAUUCCUACGGCCUGGAUAUCACUUGCAAGGACAUGAGGAACUUGAGAUUUGCCUUGAAGCAGGAAGGUCACAGCAGGAGAGAUAUCUUCGAGCUCAUCUUCAAAUACGCCUUCCCCCUCUCUCACGGUCUGCCACUGUUCGCAUAUGUGACUCAGGAGAAGUACGGGGAGAACGGCUGGGACAUCUACAAACCCAUAGAGGAGUUCAGACGGCAGGGCUUACCUAAUAACAAGUGGCGCAUCACCUUCAUCAAUAAGAACUACGAGCUGUGCGACACCUACCCCACUGUGCUGGCCGUACCCUUUAAAAGCAAAGAGGAGGACCUCAGGAGAGUGGCUGCCUUCAGGUCAAGAGGACGCAUCCCGGUGCUGUCGUGGAUCCACAGGGAGAACCAGGCGGUGAUCGUCCGCUGCAGCCAGCCUCUGGUCGGGAUGUCCGGCAAAAGAAACAAAGACGACGAGCGCUACCUGGACGUGAUCAGAGAGGCCAACGACACCCCCAAGCUCACCAUCUUCGACGCCCGGCCCAGCGUCAACGCCGUGGCUAACAAGGCCACAGGGGGAGGCUACGAGGGAGACGAGUACCAAAACGCAGAUCUGGUCUUCCUGGACAUCCAGAACAUCCACGUCAUGAGGGAGUCCCUGAAGAAGCUCAAAGACAUCGUGUACCCCAACGUGGAGGACUCUCAUUGGCUGUCCAGUCUAGAGUCCACGCACUGGCUAGAACAUGUUAAGCUGGUGUUGUCAGGAGCCAUCCAAGUAGCAGACAAGGUCUCCAGCGGACACUCGGUGCUGGUGCACUGCAGCGACGGCUGGGACCGCACCGCUCAGCUCACGUCUCUGGCCAUGCUGAUGCUAGACAGCCACUACAGAACGCUGCGGGGGUUCCAGGUGCUGAUCGAGAAGGAGUGGAUCAGCUUUGGGCACAAGUUUGCCUCGAGGAUAGGUCACGGUGACAAGAACCACGCGGAUCAGGACCGAUCCCCCAUCUUCAUGCAGUUCAUCGACUGUGUGUGGCAGAUGACUAAACAGUUUCCUACAGCCUUCGAGUUUAACGAGCGCCUCCUGCUGACGAUCCUGGAUCACCUCUACAGCUGCUGCUUCGGGACUUUCCUCUACAACUGUGAGAGUGCACGAGACCAGCACGAGGUGAGGUCGAAGACGGUGUCUCUGUGGUCUCUGGUCAACAGUAAGAUGGAGAUGUAUUUAAACCCCUUCUACACCCCGGAGUCCGGCAGGGUCCUCUACCCCGUCGCCAGCAUGCGCCACCUAGAGCUGUGGGUAAAGUACUACAUCCGCUGGAACCCCCGCAUCCGACAACAGCAGCAGAGCCCGGUGGAGCAGCGCUACAAGGAGCUGCUGGCGCUCCGAGACGAGUACUUGAAGAAGCUGGAGGAGCUGCAGCUGUCCGACUCCUCCCCUUCCCCCCGCCUGGCUAACACCCCCAACACCUCCUCCUCCACUUCUUCCACACCACCACAGCAAUACACACACCUACAAACUCCCCUCUGAGGGCUGGUGACACACACACACACACACACACACACACUCAGAUCUACUUGUUGACUUGCACUUAUGUCCUCUGAUUCCUGUCAGUCUCACACACAGGGAACUAAUACGUAACAAAGAAUGCUAACAAGAUUUUAGAUUUCAUGGGUUAAUCUAACAUGUGAGGGUGAUUUAUGCAAUAUGUCACAGUACAGCCUUGUCACAAGAUUUUUUACACACGCACACACACACACACACAGACACACACCACACAGGGAAGCCUUAAAGACAUUCAGUGGCUUUUGGUCCAAGGGCUUUUACACACAGGACCCACAGUGGAUGUGUAUAGACAUUUAUUCUCUUCUAUAGGUAGAUCCCUUUUACUUUCAUUUGUUAUGCUAAGCUAGGCUAACCACGGAGUCUCUCACGCGCAGGUUCAAAUCAAAUUAGUGUGUGUUAUCAAUUUUUCACGAGGUCUUGAACUGCCAGCUCCACUCCCUGUUGAAAAUGCACUUCAGAUUAUUUUUGUCAAACAUAAGAAUAGAUUCUUUAAAUGAUGUGAGGUAAACAAAAAAAAGAAAGAAAAUGAGACAAUAUAUUUCUUGGAAACACAUUUCACAGUCCGAACGAAGCGAGGUUACGUUUUUGUUCCGCCUACGUCCCGCUACACAAGUAUGAACUAAGCGAAAUGCUAAUCAAGAUUCACACUCCUCACACUACUUCCUGCUUCGCUGCACCGCUUCCUUUACUUUGAGGAAGUGUUAAGAACGGCUGUAUAUAUCGAGUGUGUCCGAUUUGGAUGGAUUGAUGUGGAAUGAGUUGCUUAUCAACUGAUGAUGAAAGCUAGCGGUGUCACAUGUAGUUAGCCACUGCUAACAGCUCAGCUAGCCUCGGCAGUAUUUUUUCAGCACUUCCUAAGCUAGACAGCGAAAUGAGUUCCAGCCAACAGUUUGGCUAGAAUCAAUCAGUAAUUGGCUUUAAUAAAAACAGCCUCGGAAAUAUUUUCAGGUGCUCAAGAUGGUCUAUGGACAUGAAGUGGUGCUGGCCCCUGAUCCUGGAUCACCUCUUGUGCUUCUGUUCGCAGAUCCUGAAUGAAAAAGUCAGCCAUGGUCAAUGAUAGCUUUACCAUGCCAAGAUGUCUAACCAGCACCAGUUAUAGGGACAGGGAGCUGAAUUAACCAGUUACUCUCCCCCUUUACUUUUUUUUUUUUACUGUUUCUAGAUAUUCUAUCCACAACAAAAGUCCCAUAUGAAAACGUCAUCUCAUAGCACAUGUGCCUUUUGGACAGGUGUUGAUAUAACCCCCCCUUGUUUCCUGUGGGUCAGUCUUGACAUUAGAAAGGGAAGUUUAAGUCGCCGAAUAAAGUUUCUAUUUUCCAUUUGGAUGGACUUGUUUACAACUGCUUGCUUGGUUGUCUCUCUGCUCAUGUUUUUGUCCGAUUGGUUUCCAGCUUUGUGUAACAAAUGAACUGUUGAUAUCUGAAGAUAUGAGCAUGGAAACUGUUGCGAAACGUGUUAUCAAAACCAAAAGGAAUGAUGGGGAAAGCUAAAAAAUGUCAAAUUAGGGAAAUGAUCCUUGAUCUUAACAUAAAAAUGUAACUGUAAAAGUUCAUGCAAAAAAUAUCUUUCACAUGGAAAAUUUAAUGGAAGUCAAUGUCCACAAAAAAUGGAAAAAUACAUCAAUUGAUAGGAAUGAUUAAAUGGAUAUUGAUGAUUUAUCAAAGUAAUAUGAUUUUAGAUUAAAGGUCAAUCAGUCAAGGUUUAGAGAUUCAUUUUUUUUAAUGUAAGUAUUAUUUUUGAUUUCAGUGUGGGUCUCGCGAUAUUUUUGACUAAGUUGAGCAAAAAAAUCAUAUAUAUUGACUGAUUAAUUCAGACAUUAUGGACUUAUAUUAUUUAUACAUUUUUCUUCCAUUAAAUUCCCCAUUAGAACCCAACCUGUCCAAAAAGCACAUUCUUUAGUAGUCUUUUGUUUUGGUGCUGUCCUGAAAGCCUACAGAGCAGAGUGUAGAAUCACACUCAUGACAUCGCAUGGACUAAAGAGUGUGUGUGUGGUAGUGUUUAAAAGGAAUGUCAGAAACAGUGAAUUGUUUGAUGUGAGGAUUUUGCUGCUAACUCUAAGGGCUCCCAUUUGUGUUAGUUGACACAAAAUCUGACUAAAAAAUAAUGUAUGUACUGUACCAAUCAGUCUGUCAGGACGAUGACAAGACUGUUCAUUGCAAUCUUUAGUGCUCAGUGUCUGGCACUCUAUCCCAACAUGGACCCCGAAUAAAUACCACAGGCUUGAUUACUGGAAUACUCUCAAUAGAGAAUUAAAGGGUGCUCAUUUCUAUUUCCAGAACAUUGCAAUCCCUCAGAGAGGAAAAAAAAAAACCGUGUCCAAAGCAGAUGUGUUCUUUAGGCAAUACAGGAAUAAAACCAAGUGAAAAGAGCUGCAUUCAAAACAAAUCAGGCAUUGCGGUGAUUAGCGCAGUCGUAUCGAAGUGUAGGGUUGGCUGAUUUGGGUGACACUCAUUGGCUGGACUCAUCUGAUUUCAAUGGCGCGUUGAUCACCGGUUAUCCGACCUUCAAAGUCUGACAUUGGGUUUUCCAAAAGUUGAUACCGACCAAUGUUUUGCUCUAGCUGUUUUUCACGGUAUCCCCUACGGUGUUCCACCAAACCAACUACCAACAUUGAAAUGAAUGGGAGAACAGUUUUUUUGUGGCCCGUUGAUUGCUGGUUACGUGAUUGGCCACCGAAGUAUGACAUUGGGUUUUCCAAAAGGUGAUUCUGAUCAACGUAAUUGCUCUAGCCGUGUUUUUACGGAAUCCCUUACAGUCUUCCGGCAAAACCAACUACCAACAUUGAAAUGAAUUGGGAGAACUGUUUUGUUUUCACUGCAACGCCUGAUUUGUUCUGAAUGCGACUUUACAGAAUCUGAUUUAUUCAAACCAAUGCAGGGUAGAAAAACCUGGAAAUCUACCUAGACCCCCACUGUCGAUCAUGUCCACCUGACGCCAAACUUGUAUCAUUUCAUUUAAACCUCUUUCACAAAUGAAUAUAAUUCUAGGGGUCGAUCGCUGGGGAUUAUGUUGCUUACCAAAUUGCUAUUUUUGGACUUGUUGUAUCCUCCGCUUUGUGUGACGUAUACAGACACAGAAUGGGACUUUUCUUGUGGAACUCUUUCCCCCCAUUAUAUUUUCUCUACAGUCACAUUGAAUCCCUUGAAAUAAGACGCCUUCCUGUUGAAAGAGAGAUUUGAGUUACGAAGACUUACUCCCCAAUAUAUUUACCCCUUGGUUUUGGGCAAGUCGGAAGCAGCAAUGAAUUGAGAUGAUGCAUUGUAUGUGACAAUUGUGAAUGAGGUGCAAUAAGUCAUUUUUGGGAAGUGUGUGAUGUCAUGUCCAGAUUUGUGCCUUGAUUCUUGUGUGAAUCGCCUCGUCUGAGAGAACCCGCUUCAGCUGUCCAGGGUCAUGUUUGAGAUUGACUGCUCUGUAGUUCAGCGUUUUAAAGGCAGAAAGCUCUGCAUCCUUUGCCUUUGGGAGGAUGCCAUGCUGUUGUUUAUAGGUCUGCACCAGUUUGAAGCAGGAGGAAAUGGGCGUUUACUGCCGGCAUUCCGCGAGUAAGUACAGAGUUUAGGACAGGGCCGUUUGCCAAGGUACCUAACGCUGUGUUUACGGAAGCCUCUGAUCCCCUUAAGUCCUACACUGUUGUGACUCCCUAACAGAUCACACGGUAUCAGGAUCAAACUCAAAAUGAUGGUCAAACUUAUAGCCCACAGCCGUAUAUAAACAGCUGCGACUUCUAUUAGCACAGAGAUGCAGGUCCAAGAAUCGUGCAUUGAUCUUGUAGGAGGUAGAUUCUGGAAAUGUAUAUCUGCAUUUUUGAACAAUUUUAAGUUCCCUUUUCAUAUUUUGCUAUUGGCUUUCUGUUCCAUCUUCCAGUAUUGGUGUUAAACAACAACUAAAAACUCUUGAUUUUCUCACAAGGUUGGACAAAACCUUGGUCGAACUAGGGCUGCGGUCCAAUAGUCUUUAUUCCUCGGACGGUUCCAAACUGAUGACAGAAGAAAGGUGGAAGAAUCCAAGUGUUGGCCACGAAAAGAGCAGGUCAGAACGUUCCUUAUGCUUAGAAAAGUUGCUUUGAUGCUUCAAUGGCGUCCUUAAAUUCCUAGUGGCAGCAGCAUGUACAGCGCUAUGGCAUACCAACGUCAAUAAGAUCUGUUGUUGCGUUACUACAUUGUAAAUUGGAAGGGAAGUCUGAUUUCUCAAGCCGCAUUAUUUUUAAGAAUCCAUACCUUCCAGAUGUUGGCCACUGGAUCUCGUAGGUUCCACUAAAGACUAGGACUUUGGCUACCUGAUACUCAAAUCUCAAACAUGACUCUUUUCUAUGUCUGGGUGGGUUUCAGAGUGCAACCUGAUCCCUAUGUUCACAGAGAGGUGAGAAAACAUAGGAUCUACCAAAUGGAUACUAUUGACAAGUGGUUGAUGUCCUGUUCAAAGGCGGGAUCUCAUUAGGGAGGGUUAUAGGUCAAACGGCAGAGACGAAGUCACAGCAACGUAAAAAGUGUGCAUUGGUCGGGUGGUUGUGUUUUUAGGGAAAAACAGAUAAAAAUCUAUUUUUAUUAUUUUUUACUUUGUACAAGCACCAUGAUGUAAUUACCUCAAUCAAAACCUAUUUUACUGUCUAAAGUUCUAUUGUUGUAAAAUACAAUUAUUUUAUGUAGUGUAAAAUCUUGCAGUUUUAUAAAAAAGGAAAGUAAUGUUGGUUCAGAAAUUGUUGGUAUAAAUUGUGGAUUUCUGCUCCAUUGGUUAAGUUUUUUUGUUUUAUUUUUGAGGGCAUUUCUUUGUUUUGUAUUCGCUAACCCAGGAUUAAAAAACAGAAGCCUGUGGAUACUGUCCACUCGCCACAACCUUGACAUCCUCCUCUCGGUCCUCUGGGGGAUCUUUACCUUCUCAGUUCACACAAUGAACCUGAGAAGUUCUCUGUCAACGUUCAUUUCAAAUGUACUCUUUUAUUAAUGUAGGGGAUUGUAGUUUAAAGGGUUUUGUGUCAUAAUAUAGCCUGCUUUUUAAUAAAUACACAUGAAAUGUGUUUCAGGAUCUUUUUGUCAUCUACAAGGGAAAGUGAAAUCAGAAUGCAUUUCAAAUGUAUUUCUUUGAAUCAUGUUAUAUCCUCUCCAGUUUGUUGGAUGGGUCCUGCUAUGUAAAUAUUACUGAUUAAAUUAAUUUAAGCAUUUCUGA